GCUCGGAAUAAAGCAGCCCGUCCAAUCUACGCAGGGAAAGGUUGCGCAGGACCCCGAGUUCGAUCGCGGGCCAACCAAGAACCCCGCGUCUACCGUCAAACCACCGCCGUCUUCAGCACCGCGACAGACCAUCAGUCAUCGCACGAACCGAGUCGCAUAGCUCGACUGCGAACCAUCUCGAACAAUUGUGCUCUAUCCAAAUGAAAUCAAUAACAGCCGCGCUCUAGUGCACCCCACUGUAUCAGCUGCGGCGUCAGUCGCGUCAAUACCAUAACUCGACUACCAAGACUCGACCCAUCUCGUCUGUCGCAACGACAACAUGGCCUCCUUCAAGAGCGCCUUUAAGCGCUCCCCGCUCUCUAUCGACCCAAAUGCGCGUCCUGCUUCUCCCGAAUCACCGCAAUGGGAGCCGCUCUCUCCUCCGCGACCCAUCGAGCCCACCUUGAACUAUCCCGCCUCAGUUCAAUCUAGCCUUUGGGCCCCGAAGCCUCCGCCGACCGCGUCGCAACAACCAGAGAAGUCUCGCGGACAUCAGCGCUCGCCUUCAACCAUCGAGGUUCUUGCUGAUGCUGCCCUCUCAACAAGUCCCCAACUCCCUCCGGCCCAACCGCUUGUACAACACGCUCCCGACAACUUUGUUACCCCCGAGCCUGUUCGCGGUACCAAGCGCGCUCGCUCAGAUGCUGGUCCUGGCCCACAAGCCUACGCUUUCUCAGCUCGACCCUCGUCCAGCCAUCACUUCUCUCGGCCUAGGGUGAAUCCUUUGGCCCCCAAUACCGACCGCCAACGUCGUCAAUCCACAAACACGGCCAUAGUCACCUCACUCGAGGAUGCCGAGCUGCUCUUGAACUUUGCUGGCCGAGUCACUUCUCAACCCCCAUUACCGGAGCCGCCUAUUCGCCAUGUCCCUCUGGGCACUUCAGCACACCCCACCACCACCAAUUUCUACACCGCCCCUCAGGCGCCUCCACCUCAAGCAUAUCCUUUCACACCAGUGACGCCAUAUGUUGCUCCCGUCUUCGUCCCCGAUCCCAUACCUGCCCCGUCCGUGGCCUCCGAAAAUGCCUCAGCAUCCUUGCCAUCACCUCAAGGCACAAAUGAAGACGAAAAGAGCAUGGACACAGACAAGGAGGUCAGCCAAAGCACAGAGAAUGCCUCAGCGACUGUAGCGGUGGUUUCCGAGUCGCCGAGGGAACGCGCGCCCCAGCAAACACACACCCCGCCGGAGGAGGAGCGCAGUCAACUCGAGCAGAGCACUGCAGUGAUUGCACCAACUACAUCUUCAACACAAGCCGCCGUUGAGCCACUUACUGCUUCGGUAGAGCUGCAACAGCCUUCGGAUGCGCCAGCCGUGAGACCGCGUCGGGGAUGGCCCAAGGGUAAACCUCGUGGCCCGCGGAACAAGAACUCUACAACCACCAAGCCACGCUCAUCAGCACGUCGAUCGCGUGCUUCGACCGCGAAAUCGGUCGCCGAUAGCAGUGAUUCGAGUGCUGAGGAAAAGAGGGCUAGGCGCAAAUCUGAUUCGGACCUGUCGCACUUAUUCUCGGAGCAACUCCAAUCUCGUUCCGAAGACUCGCGAGCUGCGACAGUUCCCCCAAACUUGCGCUUCGAAAUCUUACAGCCCAACCUAAAACCAGCACCGUCGACACGCAAGCCAUCAAAAGAUGUUCAAGAGACUGUAUGCGCUAGCUGUGCUCAGACUCGGGAAUCCAACCAUGGUGAGCUAGACCAGUGGAUUAGCUGCAACGGCUGCCAAUUGUGGUUCCACUUCGAUUGUGCUGGCUUCAAGAACGAACGCGAUGUCAGGGAUGUCAGUAAGUUCUUCUGCAAAGCCUGCGAGCCCAAACACGGAGCAACCACAUUUGUACGCAAGUCGAGUCGUGCCCACGCAGCCGUUGAUUAUGCUGGUUUGAACCAAGGCAUCCUCAAAACUUCUGAUGACAACCCAGAACAUCACUACAUUCAACCGAUCAAAGAUGGCUCUUUCACAUUUGACCAGGAAAUGUUUCCUCGAAUGCGUCCUGAGCUUGUCACUCGCGAGUUCUUCGAGACAUGCUCUUCUUUCUCUGAGCCUGUUGUCAUCCCAGCCGAGUUCAACCCCAAGCUUCCUCGCCAGCGUACGGCCCCAUCCCACGACGCUGAUGACACAACGGCAUUCGCUUUCGGCAACGCAGAGGAAGAGGAGGUUCUACUCCAAGACUUUGAGUACGAGACUGUACGCGAUGACGGCCAAGACCGUCUGGAUAUGGUUGUGCCUCGGGAUUUGACUGUCAGGCAUGUUGCUGAGCUUGUUGGCCCACACGAGCCUCUAGAGGUAAUUGAUGUCAAGACCCAGGGAACGGAAGGCAAAUGGAAUCUGUCAAAAUGGGCGGAUUACUAUGAGGCAGAUGGAGAAAAGGCUGUUCGCAACGUCAUCAGUCUCGAGGUGUCUGAAACCAAGCUUGGAAGACUGCUAAGGAGACCGAAAGUGGUGAGAGACAUUGACCUCCAGGACUCGGUCUGGCCCGAUGAAGAAACAUUCAAAGGCAACUAUCCAAAGGUACAAUUCUACUGCUUGAUGUCUGUUGCCGACAGCUUUACCGAUUUCCACAUCGAUUUUGGCGGUUCGUCGGUCUACUAUCACAUCUUGCGCGGCAAGAAGACUUUCUUCUUCAUUCCGCCAAAGCCAAGCCACCUCAAGAAAUACGAGGACUGGAACAACUCACAUGAGCAAAACUUCACUUGGCUUCCGGAAGCGACAAAGGAGUGUUACAGAGUCGACUUGUCCGCGGGAGAUACUAUGUUGAUUCCUUCCGGCUGGAUCCACGCUGUCUGGACGCCGGAAAACAGCUUAGUGAUUGGAGGCAAUUUCUUGACUCGCAUGCACUACUCGACUCAGUUCCGCAUUGUCGAUAUCGAGAAGGCGAUCAAGACACCACAAAAGUUCAGAUAUCCACACUUCCAAAAGGUUAUGUGGUACACAGUUAUCAAAUACCUCGAGACCGAUCCUUUGCCUGCCGACGUGGCCCAGAUCUUCUACAAUGGCGCAAGAUUUGUGCGUGAGCGACCCGUCUGGGAAGAGUUCGGCCAGCACGGGAAAGGCUCGAGUGUUGCUCCAGGCAGUGCUUACUACAACUGCCGCUACUACUCCCAGGCCGAGCUCGACGGAUUACCCGACUUGAUCAACUUCAUCUUCCGUACUGUGAUGAUUUCACUAGGCCGGAUUGAAGGCGUGACAGAGGAUACAAGAAAAAAGGUCAUGAGAUCCAUACCUAAAUCUCGCGGCGAACCUCUUGAGUUGGCCAGGACUUUUGCUCUUUGGGUAGCAUGGAAACGUGGCAACGAAGACCCACCAGCCUGGGCACAUCCUGAUGCCGACCUCCCCGACAAGGAGAGUGCUGCUCCGAAGAAGCUCAGUGCUCGAGCAUUGAAGGCUAUGCAAAGACAAGAGGCAUUCGAGGCCUUCAAAGCUGCUCCUGAGAGGCAGAUGACUCGACGACAUGCUUCCAGAGACGUUGAUUCUGCGACUGCUACAUCUCCCAGACCGUCUAUGCCUCCUAUGUCGGCUUCCCAGACUCAGACCACCCCUGGCCCUGGCGGUCAACACACAAGCACGCCGAAAACGUCAGUACUUGGCCCUAAGAGGGUCGCCUGCGACGCAUGCAGGAAGCGUCGUAUCAAGUGCAAGCACAAGGAUGUUGUCACCACAAGCACAUCUUUUGGUCAACCCGUCAUGAUGUUCCAGUCGACACCGUCUCUCGAUGGAACCGCGGAUGCUAUGCCCUACGAUCUGCAGAGAAGAGACUCUCGUGAUUUCUUUGCCGCUAAUACCGUGAGCCCUGUCAAGCUGCCUGAACAAACCAUACAGACCACAGCCUUUGGACAGUCAGUUCAGGCCAUCGACCAGAACUUGCAAAGUAUGCAAAGUAUGCAAGGUAUGCAAGGUAUGCAGAGCAUGCAGAACGGACAGGCCAACCACAUAGCUGGUAUUGCUCCCAUGGCGCAGAUGACAUCGACAGAUGGAAAUGGUCCUGCUGUGAUUCCUGGAAACGCAUUGCUCGCGGACCCAAACAGCAAGCGCGGAAGAAGCAAGGCGUGUCUUGAUUGUCGCAAAAGCAAGCGCCGAUGCAUUCACGAUGAAAAUGGCAAAAUUGAUCCCAUCAAGGCUGAACAAACACCGGUUCCUCGUGGUUCAGUCGUCUCGAAAAAGAGAAGGACGAGCGGAGACAUGGAAAGCCCCAUCAAGAAAUCGAAGCAAGCCAAAACUUCGCAAGCUGCUCCUGUGAUGCCAUUCUCAAUGGAACCCAGCUACCAACAAAACAUGGUGUCACCUCAACAGUACAAACAAUACCCUUAUGCUCCGGAAGCCAACAUUCCCCACUGGCAACAUGCUUCGUACAUGUAUCCCGAUCCGACCUCGAACGGUGGCAAUGUAGUUCUUCACGGCGGCCCAUACCAUCAACAAUCGGACCUGAACGGAUCUUACAAUGCACAGUCAUUGGAGCAACUGGCAAACGAGGUCCUUGACUCUAGAUAUGUCAACGACGGAGAUUAUACCGUGCCCCAAUCGAAUGGGGAUAGUGCGCUCCACCCCGCACUGCAACAACAGAACUCAGCGUCGAGUCAAAGCAUUGGAAAUCGAGAAGAGACAUCGCCCUUGUUGGCUAAAGCUCGCCCAAGCUUCCACAAUGGCAUUGGUCUCGAUCUUGCUAAUCAGCCUGCCGAGAUCAGCCACGACCACCGACCGAUAUCCUCUGGCGGCCCCGUGCAGCCUUACAGCGCUAACUUACUAGGAUCGCACUCACAAAACGUUGCCGGAGCAAUGUCAGAAGCGCUGAAGCUGGAGCCGGAGUUCGCUGCAGGUCAAGUCAACGCCACAAGCCAGGAUGUUUCUGUUCAACACCUCCCAGAGGCUACUGCCCUAAAUGGUGCCUCUAUGGCCCAUGUGGAAGAGGCAGUUUCUUCGCCAGAAAAGACAGCACCUUCAUUUUCCGUAGCCCCCAUCACAGACACCUCGAAUCCCGCGUCACUCGUUUAGUGGCAGCACAGAAAAGCCAAUGAUCCGCAUGCAAAGGUCUCUUAGCAAGACACCCGUACCGACGCAAAUCACCGAAACUACGGAGC